UGUAGUCACGAAUGUGGGACAACAAAAUCGCGUACCGGAAAGGAUCAAUGAAGAUCUGGGUACCUAAUUACCCUCCAUUGCGCCAGUUACUAGUCGAAGAAUACCACGACGUCCUGUACGCGGGAAAAUUCGGUAGCAACAAGACGCUCACCGGUAUCGUUAAACACUACUACUGGCCCCACAUGGCAGAUAACAUACAGAAAUUUGUCACCUCGUGCACUACAUGUCAUCGGAUGAAGAGCAGCAAGCAGAAAAAGGCGGGUCUGCUACAGCCCCUUCCUGUCCCAGAACAGCCAUGGCAAGUGGUAAGCCUAGACUUCAUCACUGGGCUCCCAACUACCACGAGCGGACAUGACUCGAUCCUCCUCAUCAUUGACAAGUUCUCCAAAAUGGGACACUUCAUCCCGACACACACGACAGCAUGCACCGAGGAGACAGCACAACUCUUUGUUCGCUACAUCAUCUCACAACAUGGCAUUCCAACCACACUCAUCUCCGACCGAGACCCUAAGUUCACCAGUAAAUUCUGGAAAGAACUGAUGUCAUCCGCCUACCAUCCGCAGUCUGCAAGGACGACAUCUCCAAAUGGGACUUGCAUAUGCACGUGACCUGGUCUUUGCUACUGCAC